GAUACAAUGAAUUUUUCGUAAUUAUUCGUAACGUUGAGAUUCAUUUAUCUAAUUUAAUUUAACUAGGUAACUGUAAUCGUUUCGUUUAAAAGUUUUACGAUCAUUUGUCGUUAAUCGUGCUCGUAUUUGAUCGUAAUAUAAGUCGGUGGUGCAGUCGUGUCUGUGCCUGUGGUGAUACCUAAUCACUUACUCAUCUCAUCAACUAGCCUUAUAAGUAUCAUUUGAAAUGCUGCCAAAUUCCUGGUAUGGUUUUUUCUUUUGCUGGAUUUUCUCGUCUAAUGAAUGUGUCAUGUAAAAUAAGAACAACGCCGCCGGUACGCGACGCGAUUCUGAAAAUAGAACAAGUUGGUUGGUGAAUGAAUAGUACGCUGCAGCUGCUUCGUUUCAUUUGAUGGUGAAAAUGAGCCGUCGGGGUAAGAAGUCGAAAUCGAAUCACGAAAACGCUUCGAAGGAAGCCAAAAUGCAGAUCAAACUACCCAGACAGAAACACAUCAAACGCAGCAAUCUAAUAAGCUCGUUAUUUAUGCAUGCUAGUUCUUUUCCUCAGAAGAUAACCGUGUCCGCAUUAUGGGAUAAUCAUAAGCAUAUAAACGAUAUCGUAACUCAGUUAUUAUCGCUGGAAUCUGAAUUGAAAGUGCCGUUACCGAAUCGAACCUCCGAAACGAUUCGUGAAUUGGAAAACUGGGCCAAAGAAAACGCGGUUGAAAUGAACAACGUAGAAAUAGCGGAAUUCGACGGUUACGAUUUCGGACUGCAAGCGACCAGCGACAUUGCCGAGGGUAACGUUGUCGUGUCCGUACCUAAGAAGCUGAUGAUAACCGUAGACAGUAUUAAAGGAUCGCCAAUGGAAACCUUAUACAACGAAGACGUCGUACUGCAACAAUUGCCCAACGUUGCUCUGGCUAUUUUCAUUUUGGUGGAAAGGUUCAAGUCUAGCGAGCCCUCAUUUUGGCUGCCGUAUUUCAACGCAUUACCAAACUCGUACACGACGUGCGUUUACUUUUCGCUCGACGAUUUAAACCAACUCAAAGGUUCUCCGGCUUUAGAAUAUUCGUUGAAAAUGUUCAAAAAUAUAACCAGACAAUACGCGUACUUUUGGAGCAUAUUUCAGAAAAAUACGGACGAAGCGAGCAACAUUUUGAGAGAUGUUUUCACCUUCGAACAAUACAGGUGGGCAGUAUCGACGGUGAUGACCAGACAAAACUACAUCCCCUGCGCCGAUCGAAUUCCCGUCAACGUUGUCAUUCCGGUGUGGGAUUUCUGUAAUCACGCCAACAACAAGAAGGCCGACGAUACGGAACCGUCGACCACGUACAACGUGGACAGCGAACGAUGCGUUUGCGUUGCGCCCGAUAGUUUCGGCAAAGGCGACCAAAUAAACAUUUUCUACGGCCAACGGUCCAACGCCGAUUUCCUGGUGCACAACGGUUUCGUGUACGCCGACAAUCACCACGACGUGGUCAAGGUGAAAUUCGGUAUUUCCAAUUCGGAUUCGUGCCUGUUGCGGUUGGCGUUGCUGAAAAAGCUCAAAUUACCACCGUCCGGCGAGUACCUCAUCAAAGCCGAUCCGCAAGAUCCCGUUCAUUCGAGCGUCUUCGCUUUCGUCAGGAUUUUCAAAAUGAACGAAGAUCAGUUGCGGGAAUGGCUGGAUCGUGAAGACGCCGAACAAGUAUUGCUGUCAGCGCCGGUCAGUUCAUUAGGAGCGCAAUUCGACAGCGCCGUACUGCUAUAUAUUCAAACUAGAAUAUCUAUUCUGCUCAAAGCGUAUCCUACCACCAUUCAGGAAGACGAACAACUUCUCCUGCGGCAAGAUUUGUCUAAAAUACAUAAACUGGUUAUAGCUCAUCGAAUUACUGAAAAAACCAUUUUAAACAGAGCAGUCGAGUAUUGUAAAUUGAAAGUCACCGAAAUUGAUCUGCAUCAAGUUCACAUUCAAUAGCGAUAGCAGCUCGUUUUGUUUUUGCUUUGUUGGGUCUCCAUCUUUACUUUGAAUUAUCACUUACCUAGGUAUUUUUUUUUUCUUUGAUUCUUACUAAUUUUUGUCCUUUUAUAAUUUCGCUUCAGGUCAUUUUUUUGUACUUAUCUGUUUAUUCGAGCAAAGGUGGAGUGUUUGAUGAUGGUGUAAUACUCGUAAUUUGAACAAAGUUUCACGCUUGAGCUUUUGUUUCGAUAAGACCUAAAUUUUCCUAUACGUGCUACGGUGCAAGUUUAGGAAAGUUCCUGAAAUUUGGAACCCGUUUCACAAAUCUGCAAUCUGGACUUGCAGGUAGCAGAUUUCAACAUUCGCAUUUCAUGUUUUAUACUUAUGGUUUUGAACCUAGGUAGGGUGUUUCAUCACACUUAUUUUCAUUUUCUAACCGAGUAUAGGUAUCAUCAGAUUAUACCUAGUUUACUGGAUUUUUCGUCAUGAAUCCCCUCUUUCCUUCCUACGCUGAGUUUUACUUGAUGAAAGAAGACAAAUAAGAAUGUGAACAACCUCGAGAUCUACGUAAUUCAUGCAGGGUCGUGCUCUUGACCCACUCCUCGGCCCUCUCCCAUACUGGCUUCUUGAAUGCGAUGAUGAACUUUAGGAUUUUUAGCUGAUGAAAAAAUGACCACUACAUUGUGAAUCAGGUCUUAUCAAAAUGAAUGAGUGAUGAUUAUUUGCAUUAUAAUCUUGUAUGAGCUCGCGUAGUCACAAUUGUCACAAACCUCCACAGAUGGUUCUUUGUAUAGGUACUUUUAUUAUUUUAGUCCAAUGUCUUGUUCUUGUUAUGUAAAUAAUAAUACUUACCAAUUAGUUAUUACUGAUGUACGUCAACCUACUUACUCACCUACCUACCUAAAUAAAGUUGAUGACACCGUGGACUCAAAUACUACUACUGCUGCUGCUGCUACUUUACCGUUACCAUUACCCAACUGUACAAUAUUGCGUUUUACAACUGUAAACAAUUGUUUUGUUUUUUUUUAUCAAUUUAAACAAAAAUAGUAAUUUAAGCAAAAAAAUGGAAAAUGGAAUAAAUGUGAAGCCAUUGUUUUAAUGUUAA